AUGAUAAACACUACACAGGUUUUACAUUUCACACUUAGUGCCUACUUUAACACAGGGCUUUUCAAAUACUUACAUUUUAUAAUUAUUAUGUCUCUAUAUGUUUUUAUUAUUAGUGCUAAUCUUUUGCUCAUCGUGGUUAUCUGUAGUAACAGAAGCUUACAUGAACCUAUGUACCUUUUCCUGUGCAGCCUGUUUGUAAAUGAACUGUAUGGUAGUACAGGGUUGUUUCCAUUCCUUCUUGUUCAGAUCCUCUCUGAAGUUCACACUGUUUCUGCUCCACUUUGUUUCCUGCAGAAUUUCCUUUUAUUUUUUUAUGGAGGUGUAGAGUUGUUAAACUUAGCCGUCAUGUCUUAUGACAGAUAUCUUGCUAUCUGUUAUCCUCUACAAUAUAACAUGCGUAUGACAUCUAACAAGAUUGCCAUGCUUAUUGCUGUAGCAUGGCUAUACCCUUUCCUUACAUGUGUUGUCAUGAUACUUUUGAGCUCCUCUUUACAGCUGUGUGGGAACAUCAUUAACAAAGUUUACUGUGUCAACUACUCUCUUGUAAAGCUGGCAUGCUCUGAUGCCCAUGUUGUUAAUACAUAUGGGCUCAUUGCAUCAUUUGGUACAAUCUUUGUUCCUCUAAUUUUAAUUCUUUACACUUACAUGAAGAUUUUUAAAGUGUGUUUUUCUGGAUCUAAACAGACCAGACAGAAAGCUGUCAGUACCUGCACACCUCACCUUGCUUCCAUCUUUAACUUUUCUUUUGGAGCUGGUUUUGAAAUAUUACAGAACAGGUUCAACAUGAACGGUGUACCCAAUAUGUUCCGCAUUUUUUUAUCAUUAUACUUUCUUACAUGCCAGCCUCUUUUCAAUCCUGUAAUGUACGGCCUGAAUCUGUCCAAAAUCCGUGUCACAUGUAAAAGUCUGAUUUCAAAUUUGCGGCGUUAA